GUGGGGGGGCGGGGGGGAGGCGAUACAAAGUGAAGCCACAUUGCCAAACUUACCCGGCGAUUGCAGCAGCGAGCGGCGGCGGCGCCCUGCGUGUGCAGCUCAGCGGCAGGGACUGAGCUCUGCAGCUCCCCUCCCGGGAAGUGCGAGCUGGAGGAAGGACCCGGGCAGACGCCUCUCGUAGCAAUAGCUAUAUUUUUCCAGCCUGGGCUGCCACUUCCCGGGCUGGGGGCUUCCUCCAGCGCUCCCGAAGCCCUGUGAGAGCGCGAGCGCUGGGUCUGCUGCUUCGCAAGAAAACCUCCCCGGUGACCCCGAGCGGCGUUGCUCCCCGGCCUUUUGCAAUAUAGAGGGGAAGCAGGCCAUGGUGAACCCCGGCGGCAGCGCGCAGCCGCCCCCGGUGACGGCGGGCUCCCUCUCGUGGAAGAGGUGCGCCGGCUGCGGGGGGAAGAUCGCCGACCGCUUCUUGCUCUACGCCAUGGACAGCUACUGGCACAGCCGCUGCCUCAAGUGCUCCUGCUGCCAGGCCCAGCUGGGGGACAUCGGCACGUCCUGCUACACCAAGAGCGGCAUGAUCCUCUGCAGAAACGACUACAUCAGGUUAUUUGGAAAUAGUGGUGCUUGCAGUGCCUGUGGACAGUCCAUUCCUGCUAGCGAGCUGGUCAUGAGAGCACAGGGCAAUGUCUAUCAUCUUAAGUGUUUUACAUGCUCUACCUGCCGGAAUCGCCUGGUCCCAGGAGAUCGGUUUCACUACAUCAAUGGCAGUUUAUUUUGUGAACAUGAUAGACCUACAGCUCUCAUCAAUGGCCAUUUGAAUUCACUUCAGAGUAAUCCACUACUGCCGGACCAGAAGGUCUGCUAAAAGGUCAGAGUAAUGCAGAAUGCGUGCCUUCAUCUCAAAUUUUGUUCAUCACAGAUGGAUCCCAUGUCUCCAAGUAGACAAGUCACCUUUGUAGCUAGCAUCAAUGCCAGCUCCAUACCAUUGCACCUUCUUUAUUCUUGAUUGCCCUUCCCACAUUUAUUGGUGUAUUAAAAUGACUGAAUAUGAACAUUAAGGACUCCAUGAACCUGGGCUAAUGGGAGACUGUAGAGAAAAUGAAAAAAGAUCCACCGGAGGACAUCUUUGGGGGGGCGGGUGGGGAAGAUGACUAAUGAAGCUAAUUAAAAGAAGCAUUGAAAUCUGCUUUCUACCCUCAUUAACAAUUAGCAGGGCACUGGCCAGAGUUUGUACCCUGUGUUUUACCUUAACAACAUUCUCUUUGCUCUUUGUAUAUUUAAGUGUUGUAAGGAAAUGUGUUUCAAUCAAACUGAACAUGAGAUAAAGGAAAGAUGUGGCUUUUGUGAUAUUCUAUCACAAACACUUAUUGUAUCUCUGUAAAAUACAAUGUAUGUAUGCAUGUAAGUGUUUUUGUCCUAAUGUUGCUACUUCCCAUGGCAAAAAAAAAAAAGAAAAAGAGAGAAAAAAAAAGAAAAAAGAGAAAAAAGAAAAAAAAAAAGAAGGUCAGGCUCAUAGCAGCUACUGUGUAGAAAUUUUCACCUACUUCUAAUUUGCUGAAUGAAGAAAAAUCUUUUAUUUGUGAUAUUUUCAGAGACAUUUGCUCUAGUAUGGUGUAUUUAAAUAAUAAAAAAGUAAAACAAAAACACUGAAUUGAGUAUGGGUUUUAGCAGUUCUGGUGCUUUUUUAAAAAAAAAAAAAAAAAAAAACUACAUUCAAAACAUGACUGAAACUAAACCUCAUUUAGUAAUUACCUUUACAAGUAGCUUUUUUUGUUCGGAGAUUUUUUUUGUUUUGUCUUGAACGUGUAAAGAGUCUGUUAAAACUACUUAACCAUGGCACUCCUGGCAAAGAUAACAGAGCACUGCUUCAAACUGAUCUUUAUUUUGCAAUGAGAUUCUUAAUUCUGAUAACAGCAAAUAUCCUAAUUCAUCUUGCAGUGAACUGUGGUACAUGUAUAGAUAUUAUGAUCUCUUUCCAUCCGGUUCCUUUUCACAGGAUGCUCUCUGUAGAGGUGCACGGGGGUGUGUGUGUGUAUACCCAGGAGGUCCAAGAGUAAAAAUAAUGCAAGAAGUACUUUGAGCUUAGCACCAGAAUUGAGUAUUCAUUAAAAGUAAUACAGUAGCUAUUGUGUGUAAACAACACAAAGUUGUGUCUGCUGACAUAAGAGAGAUAACUUUUUAAUACUUGUGAUCUUAAGGAAAGAAAAGAAAUUUUCUUGGAUGAUUUCUGAGAACCAGCUGAUCUCAAACACAAUCUGUCAUCCAGAAAAAAAAAAUCCCUCAAAACUAUGAAGCCUCCUCUAUAAUUAGAAAGGGAGGAAAUUUGUCUAGUGGGUUUUUCCCUGUAGGUACUGACAGGUAGAUAAAUGCAGAAUAAUUUUGAGGAAAAAAUCCUGACUUUUCACAUUUGCAGCAAGCAUAUUAAAUUAAUCUGUGACCAUGUAUUGUAUGCUUUUGGUCAGGAAAUUGCAAGCACCUAGAAGGUGCCUCUGUUGCAAUUCAUGACAUCAAUAUUGGUAGCUAUUCUACUUUUACAGGAGACUAAUAAAUUUGAAAUACAUCGUGAUUAUAUUUUCCUUUUUAAUUUUGUUUUCAAGAAGGUGUUCACCAUUUAGCUUGCCUGGUUACAGGGCGAGGUUGACUUAUUUUUGUUGUGAUGCUGAUACACAAAAAGCUGAUUUAUAGAUUUGUCUGUCUAAACAACCAACAGCAAGAUUCUUCUCAGAGCCUACUUCUUGACCUCUACUAUAUUGGAGGUCUGCUGAAUUUCUGCUUUUAACACUUCAGUGCUUGGAAAAAAUAGGACUCUUUCAGAGAAAUGAAAACGACAAUGUACAAUAUUGAAUAUAAAAGACAAAAGAAUGCUUGCAUGAUGUAUGCAGUAAUAAAAGUACUGAAGCUAUGUAUGCCUUUUUAAAUUAAAUGCAAUUACAUAUUUUUUUAAAGAAGUUUCUAAGCUUUUUGAUGUGGCAUUAAAGUCUUUAGGUAGAGUCCUCCAAA